UGUAGAUUCCUGUAACGAUAGUUAUAUUUGACAAUCCGUAAAUGGAUUAUUUAUCCAAGCAAAACUGGUAACAUCAUACAAAAUAUUCAAAUUCAAAAUUACCGAAGAUGUGAGGAGAAACGUAUCCCAGCAAACAUUGAAGUCAGUCUUAUGUGUUUUGUGGUUGAAGAUAAUGACUAACAACAACAAUUCAGGCCAUGACAGUUCGAAAACGUACACAUUUCCAAAAGGGACAACUCUACAGAAAUCCUCAAUCAUUUCAGUGCUUUGUAGAAUUUGCUAUGAUGGGGACAAGGAUGAAGAAUUGAUUCAGCCUUGUAAUUGCAAAGGCACAGUUGCCUUUGUCCAUAAGUCCUGUCUGGAAACCUGGCUGGGGGAAUCAAAUACAACUGCUUGCGAGUUGUGUCAUACAACAUUUAAGACAGAAAGAUCACCAAGGUACACCUCGAGACAAUCAAUUUUGCAAUGGAUCCGCACUAACCCAUCAGGGCUAGCAACAGCAGUGAGGAGUGACAUAGUUGCUUGUGCAGUCAUCACUCCACUGGCCAUAGUGAUCACCUAUAUCUGCCUUUUUUCAUCUGAAUACUACAACCAGAAGAAGUUUUCUAAUGUGCCUGCAGCAAGAUGGACAUCUAUUUCAUUGCUGAUUAUGAUUGGAAUCAUGCUUAUUGGCUACUAUAUGUGGGUGUACUCUGUGAUACGUAUGCACGCCAGAAUGUGGUACAACUGGUGGCAAAGAACCUGUGACGUCAGAUACAUCGCCCCAACAACGGUCGAAACUCACGUUGCACCUGUGAACGAAGACGUCAUAUCUGACAGCAGAGACGCUUCAAUGCCCUCCGAAAACAGCGACUUCAGUACAGAUACUCAUCAGGCCACAGUGAUAGAAAUGAAAGAGCUACUGAAACACAUGCCUCCAAAACAGAUACAAAGCAGAUCGCAAGAAACACAUGUCAUUGAAAUGGAAACUGUCCAAAGCAUAGACCAACCAUCUAUAGCAGGAAAAACAAAUACUGACGAAUUGGAGCCUAGCGGUCAUAUAACCACCGCUGAUACGCGGAGUUUAGAACUAAAGGACAACCAAAUGCCUAGCUGUAGUACCACAAUACAAAACUUAAUUCAACCUCCUUUAGGAAAUACUCAAGAUAUAGACACACAAACUAGAGCAGACUUUUCGUGUAUACGAUCUGGCAACAUCGCAGCAUGUGUUAGCACUGCUGUUAGCGCAAAUCAAGAGUUCUCUAAAGAAAUACUUGGCAACAUUGGAGAUGAAGAUCAGUUGAUAUGUGUGAGCGAAAGCAUAUUUUCCAGAACAACUUUGCAAAGCCUAAAUGUAUCUAGUAUGGUGGAAAUAGGAGAUAAACAGGGUUGUAGUAGUAUUGGCAACACUGCAGCGAGUCAGUCUGAAGGAGUCGAACCGCGCGAAAGUCAGGUGACAGCUUGUUCGCAUACGAACUCGCAGCAUAUGAUAGAUGUAUCUAGCCAAGCUAGUGGUAGUAAUAUAGAAAAUAAAUAGUGAUAUAUUUAGGUAAAA